AUGCCAGCCAAGUUUAAAGCCGUCUUUUUUGACUUCAUGGGUACUUGUCUUGACUGGCACUCCAGCGUUGUCCAGUCUUGGCCGUCUACUGUCCCCAAAGAUGAAGCCUCCAAGCUCACGCUGGAAUGGCGCAGACAAUACUUUAUCGAAAACGACAGGCGCUUCCGUCAGGGUCUUCAUCCAGAAAAUAUUGACGUGACCCUUGCACGCGUUCUCGAUGAGGUUCUGAACCAGUCGCCCGGCCAUGCAUCCGCUCUCGACUCCAAUACUAGACAGUGCAUGGUUGAAUCGUGGCAUUCCCAGCCUGCCUGGCCCGAAGUCGAGAAAGCAAUAAGAGGUGUACGGGAAGACCUCGGUCUCGAGGUCUUUGUUCACGCCAAUGGUACUACACGGCUUCAGCUUGAUCUCACUCGCUCCUCAGGGCUGACCUUCAACAUGCUAUUCUCCAGCCAGCUACUGGGCCUAUACAAGCCAAAUCUCGAUGCGUACAAAAAGGCAUUAGAGUUGGUCAAGCUUCAGGCAGAACAAGUAGUCAUGGUUGCCGCACAUGCAUAUGAUCUGCGGGCGGCCAAACAGCUGGGAAUGAAGACUAUUUACAUUCAUCGAUGGACUGACGAUAUAGAUGAGGACACGGAAGAGGUUGAGAAGGAAUUCGACGUUUUUCUAAAGGACAUGACGGAACUACCGGCUGCGAUCGAGAAGCUAUAG